AUGCAGCCUUCAAUGCGGCUUCUCAGCCGGGAGGCAUUGGCCUCUAAAUCGCUCUAUGUCUGCUCCACCUGCAGACAGGAGGUCUCACCGCGAGGCCUUGCGCCGCUCACCCGUCCGUUCCGACGCUACGCCUCGGAUAACUCUUUCACUGAGAGAGCUCGGAAAAAGAUAUGGGGUACUGAGAACCCUCCAGGCUCUAAAGACCCAUACGGUGGCGAGGGGCAAAUUGCGAAAGCCCAGACCGACCUCGAGCAAGGCGAGACAAAACUUGAAGUUCCCGAAGAGGUUGAAGAGAAAGAUCUCCUUCCCAGCGACGAGUAUGAACAGGCGGACACUUGGCAGGGUCUGAAGCGUCUUGGCUAUCUGGAGAAGAACGCCUGGAGACAACAGAGUCCCACAGACGCGGAUGAAGUGCAGCCAUUCGCAGCCAGACCCGUGGACGUCACCCCCGAUGCCAUCGCCCAAAAAGUCCGUCAGGUCGCUACGGAGAUCUGCAUUAUGCACAUGCUCAAGAAGAAGGAGCAAGUCGCCAAUAUCUGCAGUGUUGAUGUGCACGACCGCAAGAUCCAAGAAUAUCUCAAUUCGUGUGUUCUGCACCCAUCUGCGGACGGAAACUGGGAGACGGCCUUGAAAUUCCGCAGCAAGCAUGUCAGGGACGUGCUCUUCUUUGUUUUCAAGCAGAUCGGCGGCGAGCAGGAGCCCGAUCUGGGGUCCAAGACUUCCUCUGACCACGUUGGACUGCCGAAGGAGCAGCCGGUGCUCGCCAAUUUGCCCUUGAGUGACCCGAGUGUGAAGUUUAUCUUCUUCAAGAGACUGGCUCAACUGACUGGAUAUCGCUUCUCGGACAAGAACAUCAACACCCUGACUACUGUCGGGCAUGCUAGCGAACACCUCCAAAAGUGGGCCGAGUCCCGCUCCCCCAAAGCCAAGAAGAAGCAAUGGUUCGACGACGUUGCCCUCCCAUCAAAUCUCAGGUUCAAGCCUCGCAGGGAGAGGAAGUCGGACCGUGACGAGGAUUUUGGCCGCAAGAAGCUCUACAUGGCGGAGCUCUACAAGAGUGGCUUGUACCAGGUUCCCGACACUAUCGUUCCCCCAUGGAAGCGGCCGGCGUCCGAAUAG